GCGUAGUGACAGCGUAUGGACACACUCGACUGUCAUCCCCAGAAGAUGGUGCUGAUGUUGAGAACGUUGAGCCUACUGUUGUUGUUGCUGGUGGCGGCAGUUCUGUCCUCAACCGUCCAAGGUGAGAGUGACUGUCUCAGGGAAGGAUGGAAUUGUGUGCCCGCUGACCAGUGUGACGUCACACCUGCUGAACAUGUCUGCCAAGAGGAAGAUCAAGUCUGCUGCCCCAACAAUGCUGGCAACGAGAAUAUGAAAGGAAUAGAAGGAAAGGAGGAAUGGAGGAAAAAUAAAAUCAAGAAGAGAAGGAGCCUGAAAGAGAUGAAUGUGAAUGCAAUGAGAGAAGAUCGCAAGUAUGGUGGAGGCACGGGGAAGACGAAGAGUUGCACUGAUGUGGGUGGAUUGUGCGUACGUAAAGGGAAGAAGAAAUGCAAAAAAAACAAAGGAAAAUCUUGUCCAACUGGACAAAUAUGUUGUGAGAUCAGUGCACCCACAGAACACGGUUAUCCCUCGGGUCCUCCAGGUUCUCCCGGCCCAGAUGGUCCUCCUGGUCCAAAUGGUUCUCCUGGUCCAGAUGGUUCAACUGGUCCAGAUGGUUCUCCUGGUCCAGAUGGUUCUCCUGGUCCAGAUGGUUCUCCUGGUCCAGAUGGUUCUCCUGGUCCAGAUGGUUCUCCUGGUCCAGAUGGUUCUCCUGGUCCAGAUGGUUCUCCUGGUCCAGAUGGUUCUCCUGGUCCAGAUGGUCUUCCAGGCCCAGAUGGUCUUCCAGGCCCAGAUGGUUCUCCAGGCCCAGAUGGUUCUCCUGGUCCAGAUGGUUCUCCUGGUCCAGAUGGUUCUCCUGGUCCUGAAGGUCCUAUUGGCCCUGAAGGUCCCUCUGGCCCUGAAGGUCCUCCUGGCCCUGAAGGUUCUCCUGGCCCUAAAGGUCCUCCUGGUCCUAAGGGCCCUACAGGUUAUCCUGGCCCUGAUGGACCCACAGGACCUGAAGGACCUCCAGGUCCUAAAGGACCUCCAGGUCCCAAAGGACCCCCUGGUUCCAAAGGACCCCAUGGCCCCAAAGGACCUCAGGGCCAUAAAGGUCAUAAAGGACCUACCGGCCACAAACAUUCUAAAAGCUCUAAUGAUCAUUCAGAAAAUCAAGCCAACUGUGAACCAGGGGAAGACUGUCCGUACACUCCUUAAUCUUCACCUCUGGAAACUUAACAAAAGUCUCCACUAGAAGAUUAAAGAACAAAGUGUCAGUAAUUAUGAGAGGACAAGAAGAGUAGAACGACACAACGGUAUGACCUGUUGAGAUGACCAAUGGAUCCAUAUCAUUGUAAAUCUUCGAAAUUUGUUGAAGAAAUUUGUCGAGUUUUUACAUUUUUACGUGAUGAAACAACUAAACGCUUAAACAAUCUGCUCUUAAAGAAUUAUUGACUCUGCCUCUUGAAAUUUGUCAUCUGCUGAAUGAAUAACACAAUGUCAUGAACAUCCACUCUUAUUACACAGUCUCUAGAAGCUUUCUCACACUAAUAACACUGUUAUGUUCUCAAUCAACCUUACAGCCAGUUGACACUAUUACUACCGAAAUGACACUAAUUAGUUAUAUAACAGUCUUUGUUGGAACGUGACACUUGUAAAAAUUAAAAUACGAUCAACGUAACACAUGCAAACAGUGAAAUAUGAUCAACAUAACACUUGCAAACAGUAAAAUAUGAUCAGCGUAACACUGCAAACAGUAAAACAUGAUCAACGUAAUACUUGCAAACAGUGAAAGAUGAUAAAACCAGUACUUAAACAAACACUGAUUCUGGUGCUACAGUAUUAUGGUAUAUAUUAUUGUUAUUAUUAUUAUUACAGUACUGUUAUGGACUCGUGGAGCAUCAGUUAUUAUAUGUGUUGGUAUGUGAGUGUAUUAUUAGUUGGUAUGAAGCUGUUGUAGCAAUUGGUGUGUCAGCUCUAACGUUUGCUGGUUAGCUGGCAUUGAUUGUAUUGCAUCAUUUCGUGUUUAAACUAUUAUGCUAAUUGAUGUAUAAUUUGUUGUAUUAACUGGUAGAGCAUUUUGUGUCACCUAAUUCUUCAGAGCAGAUAAUUUUGGUAGGUUCUUCUAUCAAGUAUAAAAUUUAAUGUAUUUCUAGUAUUAAUAUGUAAUUUCAAUACACCUUGUGUUAAUAUAAUAUGCACUGCAAAUAACA